AUGGGCCCCUCCUUCUUCCGCGAGAUAUACGACAUCGAUACCCUCGAUACUCGUUUCAUGACCUCGUCGUCCGUUCCGUACCGUACCGUCAUUGAAGCCCGUAGCGAUCCCGAUGCCGUGAAGGAGGCUGCCGACAAAGCGCAAGCUCGUGCACCACUGCCAAAAUGGCAGACACCAGAGUUCUACCUGUACUAUUUGGUAUUUUUGUGGGCGGUACCGUACAUGUUUUGGGUUGCGUAUAGCGUGUCGAGGCCUUCGGACCCCCGAUAUCCCAAAUACGAACGUUUUCUCUCCGAUGGUUGGAUACCUGGCCGGAAAAUCGACAUUUCAGAUAUACAGUAUCACACCUUUCGAGGCAACUUGCCGUACAUGGCUGCCUUGCUAAUAUUCCAUCCACUUUUGCGGACAGCCUGGAAUUCGAUUUACAGCGGUGCGAGCAAGGGCCGCCAGAGUUCUGCGCGACUAGAACAGCGAGCCUCGUUUGAUUUCGCGUUUGCUAUCCUAUUCUUGAUCAUCUUGAAUGGCAUUUCGGCGCUCAAGGUGCUGCUGAUUCUGUACCUCAACUUCCAGAUUGGACGCAAACUUCCGCGCAAGUACGUGCCUGUGGCGACCUGGGUCUUUAAUAUCUCAACCCUGUUUGCAAACGAGCUUUGUGAAGGCUACCAUCUGAGAAAUGUUGCGAGCCACAUCUCUCCACCGGUCAAGGUCGGCGCGACGGGGGAUGUGACAGACUCUCCGUUGAUGCAGACCGGCGCAUGGUUGGAUGGAUUCGGAGGUAUUAUGCCUAGAUGGGAAGUUUUGUUUAAUAUUACGAUUCUGCGACUCAUCAGUUACAAUAUGGAUUAUUACUGGAGCAUUGAUAAGAAGGCGUCGAACGCAUUGGAGAAGAAACAAUUGGACCCAGCAAACCUGUCUGAACGAGAUCGCAUCACCAUUUCAGCCGACCCCGAAGACUACUCGUUUCGGAAUUACAUCGCUUACGCCGUUUAUGCGCCUCUGUAUCUGGCCGGACCAAUCCUCACAUUCAACGACUACAUUUCGCAGCUUAAAUUCAAGCCGGCUAGUAUUGAGAAGCCACGCACAAUCCGUUACGGUAUCCGAUUUCUACUGGUUCUGCUUGCCAUGGAACUGAUCCUGCACUUUGACUAUGUCAGUGCCAUCAGUAUGGCCAGCCCUGUCUGGGGCGACUAUUCAGCUGCCGAGCUUAGUUUGCUGUCAUUCUUCAACCUGCACAUUAUCUGGCUCAAGCUCCUUUUACCAUGGCGACUCUUCCGUCUGUGGGCCCUGGUGGAUGGCAUCGAUCCGCCUGAAAACAUGGUCCGCUGCGUGAGCAACAACUACAGCACACAGCUGUUCUGGCGCGCAUGGCACCGUUCCUACAACCGAUGGCUGAUUCGGUACCUGUACGUUCCUCUGGGCGGCGCAUCCUUCCGCAACUGGGCCGCGGCGGCUCGAUCAACAUUGACGUUCUUCUGCGUCUUCACGUUUGUAGCCCUGUGGCACGACAUUCAACUCCGCCUGCUGAUUUGGGGCUGGUUGAUUGUGUUGUUCAUGGUGCCUGAAUGGACGGCGGCAUACCUUUUCCCCAAGCGGAAGUGGGAGAGCCGCCCUACAGAGUAUCGCAUGCUGUGUUGUGUGGGCGCCGUGGCCAACGUGCUGAUGAUGAUGGCAGCCAACUUGGUUGGGUUUGCGGUAGGUUUGGACGGAUUACAGAGUAUUAUUGCGGGGAUACUGCACGACUGGUCAGGGUUCAUCUUCUUGACGGUGGCUUGUGCUUGUUUGUUUGUGGGCAUCCAAGUCAUGUUUGAGAUUCGCGAGUCGGAAAAGCGCAAGGGUGCGACGCUGAAAUGUUGA